ACAGCAAAAAUGCUCGUCCUCGCCUUCCUCUAUGCAGCCCUCUGUGGCCUCUUUGCCGUCAGCUCGGCACACAACAUCCAGCUGAAGGCCCACUCACGCGAGUGCUUCCACGAGGAGCUGCACUCGGACGACAGAAUGACCGUCACCUUCCAAGUCGGCGAUCGCGAGUUUGGUGGAAGUGGAAACCUUGACAUUGACUUCUGGGAAGUGGAAAUGCGACACAAACUGACAGAAGCCUCUAGANUCCAAAACCCCGCCAACGCAUAUCAAAUCCACGAGCGCUCCGUCAGCAGCGGCGACCACAGCUUCACUGCCCACAUGGACGGACGUUAUCUCUACUGCUUCAGCAACGAACACUGGUCGGCCAACACAAAGGAGGUCAGCUUCAACGUCCACGGCAUCGUCUAUGUUCCCGAGAGCGAGGCUCCUCAGGAUCCCCUGGAGAAGGAAGUGCGCACUCUCGGUGAGAUGCUGGCACAGGUCAAGGAUGAGCAGGGUUACAUUGUCGUCCGCGAACGCACCCACCGCAACACUGCCGAGAGCACAAACGCCAGAGUCAAGUGGUGGAGCAUCUUCCAGCUCGGUGUCUUGAUUGGCGAGGGCAUCUUCCAG